AUGAGAUGUCCCUCGUCCGACCUUGCCCCUGAGUCCCUCCCCGUCUCAUGCGGGAACGUGCAGCCCGAUAGAAGGAAUCUCAUCUUUUCGCACGAGACGACGAAGUACGUCCACUGUGAAGAAAAGACCGUGCGAUGUCGGGAGGGGACGAUCCCCGGACGAUCCUCGGACGACAUCGGGAGCGGAGCCUGUCUCGGGCCGGCCGAUACCAGAAACGCAGAUGCCGCCGGGGCGGGUACCGAGUGA